AUGACUUCUCUGCCCUCUCUCCCCGCGAAGCACUCCCAAUUCAUCCAGCAUGUCGCCUCCUUUUCCAAGACUCCGAUGCCAGAGCUCGUAAAGCCGUACAAUGAAUACGACGCAGUUCUGCGCAAAAUCUAUGCCCAAGAACCAGACCACCCGGCCGUGGCCGACAACCUCAUCAAUGUCGUUCCACUCUUUAACGCCAAUGGCUCGGCAGAUCUCCGAAUCCGUGCUCGAGAUCUCGCAACCGAAACCGAAACCACGAAGUCGAAAUACAUUAUGCCACUUAAAGAUGAACACCGCAAGCCAAACGGUGCACCUGCUGUUGUUACCCAUCUCAAGGACUUCCAGACCCACUUCAACAUCUUCUCGGAGAGCUCCCUGUCUGACCUGGAUUGGAACAAUGUCGUUGCGGCAGGAAGUGCCGUUGCAACUUCGCUUCUCCCUGUUCCGGACAAGUACGGAGACUCCAAGCGUGGUCUGCGCCAGUUCUACCAUGAGAAGUUUGCCCCGGCGUCGGAUGUCGACUUGUUUCUUUAUGGAUUGACCGAGGAGCAGGCGAUUGAGAAGAUCAAACAGAUCGAACGCUGCAUCAGGGACUCAAUUCUUACGGAGGUUUCGACCAUUCGCACCAAGAAUGCCAUUACAAUUGUCUCACAAUACCCCACCCGUCACGUCCAAAUUGUUCUCCGUCGGUACAAGUCCAUCGCCGAGAUUUUGACUGGUUUCGACGUGGAUUGCUCGUGUGCUGCGUACGAUGGAAGCCAGGUCUACCUUGCCCCUCGUGCGGUUGGUGCGUACAUGACGCAGGUCAAUCAGGUCGAUCUGACCAGACGGUCGCCGUCGUACGAGAACCGCCUUUCCAAAUACUCACACCGGGGGUUUGAGGUCUUUUGGCCAGACUUAGAUCGCUCCCGAAUUGACCCGUCAAUCUUCGAGCGCAGUUUUACCCGCACCGUCGGUCUAGCACGCCUACUCGUACUCGAGAAACUGCCAAAGUCAUCAGACCGUGAUCGGUACCUCGAGCAACGACGUAGCGAGCGCGGACGACCUCCCCUGAACAACCACUACCGACCGAAUGGACUCCCGGGAAAUAUUAAGAACGACUGGCAGGACGAGGUUGCGGAGUGGGUGGAGGAGGAUGAGGUCUCCGAUUACCAUACCUUCACAAUUCCAUACGGCCCGAAGUACCACGCGCGGAACAUCGAGAAGUUACUUUACACCAAGGACCUUCUUCUCAACGCGGAAUGGAACAAACCAAAAGAUCGCGAAGUCAACCUGCACCGCCAUCCCGCGUUCUUCGGCAGCGCAGAGGAUGUGAUGCAUGAUUGCUGCGGGUACUGUCCGAAGCCGACCACCCCAGAGGAAGAGGAAGUUGCGGCAGAGGAGAGCAAGAUUUACAUUUCGGGUGAUAUCUCAUUUAUUAGUGAUAAUCCCGGACGGCAGGAGAUCGGCAGUUUCAACCCUAUUACGGACACUGACUGGACCGAAAUGGCGUACGUUGGGAACACCGCCGGACUAUGCCAGGCAAUUGUCGAGAACAAUCUUGAGGAAGUAAAACGCUGGCUCAGCCUGGGCGAGAUCGAUGUGAAUCGACGUGACCAUACUGGACGGACGCCAUUGCAUUUGGCCUGCUUGACCUCUACCCCAGAAGUUGUCCAGCAUCUCGUUGAUAGAGGGGCUCGUUUGAUCGCUCGAGUUGCAGAUGGACGCACCGCGUUGCAUCUGGCGGCUGCGCGAGGUAGUGUUGAAAUUGUUCGCAUUCUUCUGACCAAGAGUGAACAGAAUGAGGAAGAGGAGUCAAGGAAGGAAGACGCUCGCAAGGCUGCACACAAGGCAAAUGAAGACGAUGUCUCAGGAGAGAACAGUGACGAGGAAAUGGUUGAUGCUUCAUCAGAUGAGGAAGACGCAUACGCUCAUUCGAACACAACAGGCUCAUUUGUCAAAGUCACGAAGGAACAAGAAGACGAAAAAGCCGUCGUUCCCGAUGAUGCUGGCGAUCUGGACCCAGAUGUUUACGACAUCAAUGUUUUGGCUUGGGAUAACAAAGCCUCGCCUCUCCACCUGGCAAUUCUUAACGGCCAUAUUGAUGUAGUCGAAGAACUUGUUACCGCAUUCGGAGCUGACGUCUUGCUCCCGGUGAAGCUGGUUAACAGUUACAAUAACUCCCCCAGAGCCGCAAUUCUCACCCUGGUCCUGGCCAUGCGACUCCCCCUCGACGCCGCCAAGGCCAUGACUGAGAAACUCCUCCAAGUUGGCGCAUCACCCGCCCAAGCGGACAUCAACCAUAAGACCGCUCUGCACUAUCUCGCCCACUAUGGCCGUCACGAGCUCCUGGACAUCUACAAGCAAUACGAUCUACCAGCAGUAAACAGGGCGAUCAACCACCUCUCGACCACAGGAUCAUACUACAACUUCAUUGCUGAAUCACCAUUGACGCACGCUAUCACCGUCAAGGACCGAACGAAGAUCAUGAAGCUCCUGGAAACGGGCGCCAAUCCAGCUAUCAGCCUGGACGAUUAUAUCCAGGCCGCCAAAGCAUUGGAGAGUGGAAUGCCUCAAUACUGGAACCCUUCGACAGUGGACCACAAGAAAGAGUUCGAGCAGAACAUCACACAGCCUGUGAUACUUGCGAUACAGCAAGACAUGCCAGCCAUUGCCAUGGAGCUGCUCGCUCGUGGUGUGGACCCGAAUACACUCACCAAAGAUGGUUACAGGGUGGUAAGAAACGAGUAUUUCAGAAAUGACAGGUCCGGCUCCUCGCUUCUCGACUACGUACAGGCAAAGGUAAAGGCUCUACGAGAGUACAACGGCGAGAAUGUCACCACUCAAAAGCCCACCGAGCUAGAUCCCGACGAUACUAAAUACCUCCAAGGUCUACAGGACGGUACCUACCAAAUGUGGUCGGCAAAAGAGUCGCUGCGUCGAAAGAGGGAUCGAUUCGCGCACGACCAGGAGGUGUACGAAAAUGACGUUCGGCAUAAGGAGAACUGCCAGGGCCUCACAAAGAAGAAGACCGCAGUUGAAGCUCUACUAAAGGAGUACGAGCAGCUUGAGGCCGACCUGCUCUCCAGAGGAGCAAAGACUUUCAAGCAGCUGCACCCAGAUAUCGAGGCACCCCGCAAUAACUCCCGGCACCCCCGAUCAUACCGCAGUCCCCAGCUGGAGCCUUACACGACUCGCUUCGGCUUCAAUGCGAAGUUCUGCACGGACGAUAUGAAGGAGGGAUUCUUGCAACUAUUCGAGGCCGCCUGGGCUGGAGACGUGGAAACUAUCAAGUCGCUCACGCUGUCAAAUUGGGGACCGGACAAGCAGCACCCGCCUCUUGAGAUUGGAGUCACGGAUUUCGGUAAUUACUCGGCAUUCACGCUUGCGGCUAUUCGAGGCCACUACGAAGCUGCCAAAACCAUUCUUGCCAUAUCGAUUGCUCAAUAUAAACCCGAUGAUCAACAGAAGAACAUCCGAUACCGGAUCGCAGAGGUUGACGAUGAUUCUGACGCAGAGUCGGAGGAUAUCGAACUCGACUCGCAUGUUAUCGAUGACCGAUUCACGGUCGAAGAUAUUGGCGAGACAAAGAACCAGGUUGAGAGCAAGAUUUCCCCAGAAACGAUCCUCAAUUACAGGUGCGAUCUCAAGUCGUUUAUUGUCGAAACACCAGAGAACGGACAUCAGAAUAUGAGCCUUUUGGAGUUCGCCGUCCGAAAUGGCAACAUUGAGCUUCUCAAGUUCCUGAUCAUGGUGGGACAGGAGCUCACGGCUAGAAAGAAGGACGAGCAUAACUCGGCGAUUUACAGCAUCCCACACCAUAUCUUUGUUAUGGCCAUGAGACUCGGGCACCUCCAGCUGCUAGAAGAGAUGAUCAAGCGCACUGGUGCCGGUCUUCCUAUUGACAAGCUCGCCGAAAAGAGCGGCGUCGAAGUCAAGGAGAAGCCGAAGUACUACCAGGGUCUUUCAGUACAUGGAAAGAAGCGCGCUGACUGGGCUGCUGCUGGCGGAGGUAUGCCGGAGACGCAAGCCAUAGACAUGAGUCCCCCACUUCUGCUUGCCGCGAGGGAAGGAAACCUAGCUGUUGUUGAGUGGUUCUUGGGAACUGCCCCUGGACGGUAUUAUACGGAGUUCGCCAGCACUCAUAGAAAAGAUCCGAGGUUUAAGAAGCUCUCCAUGUCGGCGAAGGGGGCGGAACAGUCGAUUUUGGAGUGGCUAAGCUCGAGACGCGACCUGGUUCUGCACGCCGCCAUCCUAUGCCACAACAAGACCUCCGACUCUAUCGCCCUAGUUGAGUACCUCAUCAAGACCAUGCCGCAGUUCCUGGAAGUGAAGUCUCUAGACGACUACACACCACUCGGCCUCGCCUUCCAAACACACAACCUGGCCAUAGCAAAACUCCUCAUCGCCGCCGGUGCAGAUCAAACCGUUCGCUGCAAAGACGGCAUGAACCUCGUCCAUCUGGCCAUCUCGCCCAAACGAACCGACAAGGAUGUCUCGCUAUCCGAUAUGCUCAGCUUGAUUGACCCGCGCCUCCUCCCCUCAAUGCUCACAGAACGCUGCUCGUCACACCAAGGCUCUCUUACCCCACUCGCCCUCUGGAUGACGCGCAGCCACCACAACGACUCGAAAGCCGAACACACCCUCCACACAAUCCUCGACCUCGCCGAACCAACCGGCCAGAAGCACCUCGAGCUUCUCGAUGGUUCGGGAAACAUGGCCAUUCACACGGCCGUGAACAGCCUAGAAUGCGUGGCCCUCAAAGAAUUCCUCAACCGCCGCCCUGAUCUGCUUUAUCGCGAGAACGCAGUGGGAACCACACCCGCCGAGCUCGCGGAGAACAAAUGGAUCGCGAAGAUGACGUCCGACCCGCCCAUUGCGCCGAACGCGAAUCGUCACCACUAUUCGUAUCAGAAUACGGACCUUGGUAGUUGCGGUAUUCUGAGUAAAUUGUCGUGUGACUUUGUUAAGAAGGACAAGUCUGCACCUGUCAAUCCAUACGCGAAGACGUGGGCGGAACGGGAUGCGCAUAAGAUUUGCACCGAGGCGGGACAGCAGCAACAAGGCCAGAAGAGGAAGCUUGUUAGUCUGUUUGAUGCGAAUGAGGUUGCGAAGAGGUUGGCUGUUGGUGAGAAGGAAGCUGGUGGAAGCAGACGGUACCGCAGGCGAAGAUACCGCCGCGGAGAUGACGAGGAGGAGGAGGACCAGGGGGAUGAAGUCACUCAGUGGCUUUGA